GCAGCGCAUCUUUGACUCAGACUUCGUGUCGGAUCCACCGCAGCUGACCUGCAAAAUCCUCGCCUGAUUCUUUCUCUUUGCUUGAAAGAUCGUUUGAGUUCGGAGCUGCUAGAGAAGAACAGUCCUCCACAUUUUACACCUGCAGGAGAGUCAGAGUCAGCAAACUCACAGAUCACUGAGCAGUACCCACAUCUUCGGAGAUCUGUGGUAAACAAACACAAUCAUCAUGGCUUGCAGGUUUAGUGAUGCAUCAUCAUCUUUAAAUGAUUUAAUCAAGAAAAGUCAGCAGCUCAGUCCAGGCCCACCAGCACUGUACCGUCUUUACACAACAAGAAGUAAUCUAGACAAAGAUGGCAAGAUCAGAAAGUGGACAUUUGGACAGAAAUAUGGAAAUCUCCAAAACAAAACAAUCCUGAUGGUGGGAGAAACUGGAACAGGCAAGACCACUCUGAUCAACACCAUGGUCAAUUACUUUCUGGGGGUGAAGUUUGAGGAUAAAGUGUGGUUUGAGAUCACAGAGGAAGAAAACAGAGACCAAAGAGAAUCUCAGACAUCGGAAGUCACUGUUUAUGAGAUCAUUUCUGAGGAGAAACUCUCCUCUCUUACCAUCAUUGACACUCCAGGUUAUGGAGACACCAGAGGAAUAGAUAAGGACACGGAAAUCCCUCGAAACUUACGUGAUUUAUUUCUACAUGGUACUGGAGUGAAGGAUCUUGAUGCUGUGUGUCUUGUACUGAAGGCAUCUAAGAACAGAAUCUCAGACAGUCAGCGCUACAUUUUUGAAGGAGUUCUGUCCUUAUUCGGUAAAGACAUAGAGGACAUUAUAGUGCUGUUUAUUACACACUCAGAUGGAGGACCACCAACAAAUGCUCUGGAAGCCAUCAAGAGAGAAAAGAUCCCCUGCUGUUACGAUAAUGAUGAUGAACCUGUUCAUUUCAUUUUCAACAACCGUCAGUCUGAGAAACAGACAAAAAAAUAUGAGCAUUUUUCCAAAUCAUCUUGGGAAAUGGGGGAACGUAGUCUGGAGGAAUUUUUUGAAUUCACAAAAUCACGACAGAGAAAAAGCUUAACUAUGACUGUAAGUGUUCUAAAGGAACACAUGCAGCUUGAGGCCUGUGUUGAGAGUCUGAAGGAACGCAUCAAGUACAGAGAAGCGAAACAGAGUGAACUGACUGAUGUUCAGGAGGCUCUGAAACUGAACAAAGAAAAGAUUGAGAAGGAUAAAAAUUUUCCUUUCACUGUCACGACAGUUUACAAAGAGAAAGUUGGCAUUACGGAUGUUUCAUGGAAGGACCGAAAUGUGACCUCCUGCUAUGAAUGUGAGGAGAACUGUCAUGAGUAUGGCUGCUGGAUUGCCAUAAAUGCCAACUGGUGCGAAGUUAUGAAAAGUAGGCGUUGCGCUGUAUGUAAGUGCCCUGACAGUAAACAUGUCAGAGAGGGCAAGAAAUAUGUCAUAAAGAAGAGAGAGGACGUAGUCACAUUUGACCAACUGAACAAGAAAUAUAGUACUACAAAUAAAGACAAAACCUCUUAUGAUGAAGAUCGUUUCAAAAAAUUGGAAACAGAGCAGGAAAAAUCACUGGAAAUGAUAGAAGAGAUGACGGACCUAGAAAUCAACCUGAAAAAGCUCCUGGCUGAGAAUGAAGAAGAGAAGAAGAGCUCGGUGAAAGACGCCUAUGUGGCAAUCAUAAAACUGUCUGAGAUUGCAUUAAAACCAGACUCGGCCUUCACCAUUCAAUACCUUGACUUCUUGAUUCCUCGAGUUGAAGAAGUUGGAACAGCAGAGUGGGUUCAGAAACUGAGGGACAUGCAGAAAACUGCAGCUGCUAAAGAAUCAACUGAAUCUGCGGUGGGAUAUUUGAGGAUGAUGAAGGAUUACUUUAGUAGAAAAUAACAGGAUUUGGCUUUAACACUGUAGGAAUGGCACCAGGAGUUCAUAUUCAGAACACAGAAAAUGCAGAAUCUGUAUUCAGUCUGUGACUCAUUUUGAAAAGGCAGUGUUCAGAACACAGUUACUUUUUUAGAAUACCCAUUAAUUAUCAUCUUUGAAAUAUAAUCAUGUGCAGCAUGAGGCAUACUCGUUAGACUAACUCUUUGUAAGCUGCCAAAGUUCUUGUUACAGCAGGAUACACUGAUACACUCAUAUCACAGACAGAUUUUUGCUCAGCAUUACAAAACUCUUUUAUUUUAAAAUGAUACUUUUACUUCAGUUGUAUUUGUGAGGAGGGGAAUAUUUAGCUUUCAUUCAGUUUUUUUUUUUCAGUUACAUUUUAGCCAUUGGCAUUUUAUUAUUUGUUCCUGUUUUGUGUUUUUUAUUAUGAUACUUUGCUGACAGCAGAACUAUUGCUUUUGUUACUGGUCACACCUCUACAUUUGGAGCUUUAGCUUUUGAUUUUAUUACAUUAUUAUUGUUACUAUUUUUUAUUUUGUUAUCUGUUCUGUUAUUUUCCUUUUUUUAAGACAUUAGUGCAUGUGAUUGAGAAUGUGUUAGUUGACAAGGAAGUUAAGGGAACGCAUGAGCAGUAUAGAUUUCAGAUUAGAUCAAACUUACUGCCCUUAGAGUAGCAGCCAUAGACUCACUGCUCUCUUUUGUCCAGUGAUAUUACAAAAUACCAUCUGUACUGUUUCUCUUGUAAGAGCUUAAUCUUAUUGUCUCAAAUGUCUCUCAGAAUGUAUUAGAAUGUCCUGUGCCUUUCUGUUACCGUAACUGAUAUGUAACUUUGACUAGAUUUAUUACAGGAGAACCAGUUUUGAUCAGUCCAGGGUGGAAAAACUCUCUAUAGUCUGUAUGUUCUCCUGCUUAGAGCUGGGAGAAAGAGAAAGUGAUUGACCUGUUUAAUGUCUGUGUAAAACAACAUAUAAAAUAAAGCCAAC